AUGUAUAAUAGUAAUAAUUAUAAAAUAAUUUUCAUGCUUCUGACGAUUUUAGUGGUAGAUUUUUCAUAUGGAGCUGCCAGUCUGUCGCCGAUUUUCAAGAUUGGUUGCAGUAAAUUAACAAUUACCAUAGAUAUAAAUCAACCGGGUUUAAAUAAUUUACCAUAUACUAUAGUUUUGAAAUCGGAUGAUGGAGCGAAUAUUUCAAAGCAGGUCACUUCUGAUGAGACAGUGUUUGAGUUGGCCGAUGGUGUUUAUACCGUUUCGAUUAUGAAUAGCAGAAGAGAAACGAUCUGGUCGAGUGACACUGAAGUCGAUGUCAAAGAAUGUUCAGAUUCACAGAGUGCACCAACCAAAAAGCAAAUCAUUAUGAUCGUUUGUCUAGUGGGUGGAAUGGUCACUGUCAGUCUGAUUGGUCUCGCUAUUUUCAAUUACAUUAAACGUGACCGUACCAAAUACCCAUCGUCAUCUAGAUCCAGCAUGGCAAACAAUUCAGCCGUAAUGACAACUCAACGUACACCACCACAAGACAAUAAUAUAUGA